AUGAUAGUACGAUCGCCAUUUGUUAAAUUAGUCAUUACUGGUGUUCUUAUUUUUGGUGUCGUUGUUAUAGCAUUAAAUUUUAUUUCCUAUAGCCGAAAUUUGAAUGAUUUUGAAUUUAUCGAUGAUAAUAAUGCAUAUGUUAUACCAAACCGUGAUGGUGAUGCAUUAAUUCGUAUUAAAGCUGAUGUUAAAUCUAAUAGUAAACCAGCAACAUUAUAUCUGAACAAUGGAAAAAUGGAUAUACCAGAAGUACGCAUUCGAACUUAUAUGAUUUCAAUAAAUCAUGUACAGGAUCAUAAUAUUCUUAUACGUGAAGUUGGCGAAGGUAAUUUUAAUAUACUUUUACUUCAUGGUCAAUCAUUUUCAUCGAAAACAUGGGAAAAUAUUGGUACAUUACAAUAUUUAGCUAGUUGGGGUUAUCGAGCAUUUGCUAUUGAUUUACCCGGUUAUGGAAAUAGUUCAUUACCUGUUGUACAGGAAAUAGAAGGAGCUCAAUGGUUAACAAGACUUAUACGUACACUUCGUCUUUCAAAUUUCGUUAUAAUUAGUCCAUCGAUGAGCGGUCGUUUUUCUAUACCUUAUAUUAUGCAAUCUCAUACGAAUCAACAAUUAAUACGUGGUUUCAUACCUAUCUCUCCAGUUGGAACAAAUAAUUUUCAAACAACUGAUUAUGAAAAAGUUAAAAUUCCAACUUUAAUUGUACAUGGUGAACGUGAUAAAAAAUUUCAAUCUGCAAUUCAAUCAUUGAAACAAAUUCCAUCCAGUCAAAUUCUAACUAUUAAAAAUGCUUCACAUGCUUGUUAUAUUGAUCAACCACUUGAUUUUCAUAAUGAAUUGAGACAAUUUCUUUAUACAGUCUAUCGUCCAAUUUAUAUUGAACAAUAUAAACAACGUUCAUUAGCUAAUGCAACAUCAUCAUCAUCAGAAAAUUUAAAUACUAGUCAGAACAAAAUAUCUAGUAAUUUAACAUCGAAUAGAAAACAUUUUCAAUCCAAACAAUCUAUAUGA